AGGUUCCUGCGUUAAUCCUGUAUGUAAAUCGCAGCCAAUAGAUGCUGUUGUUGAGUUGGGCUGGGAUUAGCAGGAGGCGAAUGAGUUUCAAUUUUACUGGAUUACAGAACAAAGAAAGGGGAAAGGGACACCCUGCUCUGUUAAAGGGGGAGAAAAAAAACAGAAAUAAAACUAAGAUUAAAAAAAAAAAAAAAUACACUAAUAAUAGACGUGCGGUCGAAGUCGGCGUUGGGAUGUUCCGGAUUACGAUGUUUUAGCGGACGGCUACAUUGUGGACGGGAAUCGUGAGCGUUUCCGAUGGAUUAAAACGGGGAAUAAAAAAAAAAAAAAAAAAAAAAAACCUACUCCGGGAUUGACGGCAGCGACGAGGCUAUUUAAUCGCUAAUUGAGAGGCAUGGCUCAGAUGAGGAAGCUGGCAUGUGACGGCAUCAGGACGAACUCCCGCGGCGAGCCACAGGUCCCGCUGGUGUCGGCCAGACAGGAGAUCCUCACCAGCCUGGUGUCUGCCCUCGACUCAGUGUGCAUGGCGAUGUCGAAGCUGAACGCGGAGGUGGCGUGCGUCACCGUGCACGAGGACAGCGUGAUCGCGGUCGGCACAGAAAGGGGCAGAGUGUUCCUCAACUCCAGGAGGGAAAUCCAAACAGACUUCUACAAGUUUUGCCGGGUGCCGUGCCUGCAAAACCUGACGGCAGCAAACGCCCACACCAAAGACCAGGAAGGCGAGCUCAGCAAGCUGAGUAAGGACGGCGAGCACGGGAAACCGAGGGCUCCGUCGGACGUCCAGUCCAACAUCUUUGUCCUGAGGAAGAUGGUGGAGGAAGUCUUCACUGUGCUUUACAGUGAAGCUGUGGGAAAGAGCAGCCUGGUCUCUGUGCCUUAUGAGUGGAUCCAGAAGGACCCCGGCUGUGUCGUGGCCCACGGUUUGCCAGAAGGAGUCACCCUGAAGAAGCCGUCCGAGUACGACACCAAGACGCUGAUGAAGAUCCUGGAGCAGAGCCACCGCAUCCAGUUCACGGUAAAAAGGCAAGCUGAAGAUCUGUCCCGAGAAGCCAAGUCCACCACCACCGACGUCAAUCACAACUCUUCCACCGCCGCCAUGACGCAGAGCGGCCACGGCCCGGCCAAGACCAGCGCCCAGACGGUCGCGUCGCCGAGUCCCGCCACUUCCAGCAACUCUGUCCUGUCGAACUUCCUGUACGGCAUGCCCAUGUCCUCCAAACCCCACCCAGACGGCAAGCUGGAUUUCAAACCCAUGUCCCUGCUCAACCUGGGAAAGGACAGGCUGGCCAACUGGACGGCGGGGACAGACAAGAGCACCUCUGUCAAGGACUGUUCUAACAGUGAUGAGACAACAAGACUACCUGGUGAGCAGAAUCAGAGCCCUCCUGGCGUCCACAUCUCCAAGAGGCUACUCUUCUCCAUCGUGCAUGAAAAAUCUGAAAAAUGGGACUCGUUCAUUCGGGAAACUGAAGACAUCAACACGUUGAGAGAAUGCGUUCAGAUCCUGUUCAACAGCAGAUACGCUGAGGCGCUGGGUCUGGAUCACAUGGUGCCUGUCCCCUACCGCAAAAUAGCCUGCGAUCCGGGAGCCGUGGAGAUCAUUGGCAUCCCGGACCAGAUCCCCUUCAAGAGGCCGUGCACAUAUGGCGUUCCCAAGCUCAAACGCAUCCUGGACGAGCGCCACGGAAUUCGCUUCAUAGUCAAACGAAUGUUUGAUGAGAGGAUUUUCACCGCCGCCGGCAAGAUCGCGAGGGAGGAGGGAAAGCACGACCUGGGCUCCGCGCUCGAAGACGGCUUCCCCGACAAUCUGGUCAUCCCGCCCACGGCCGCCGAGCUGGUCAGCAAUCCUCACAGCAGCAGAUCAACGAGUGCCUGUGUGAGUCCCCUGGCUGACUGUGAAGCAGGUCCUUCAGGAGAUUGCAUUCCUUUGAGGAGGAUUAAAACAGAGCCUCCAGACGGGGAAAUCAUUCAAGUUACAGUGCCGGAUGCCGGCACAAACGGGGAAGAGCCCAGUGAGGCUGUGGCCGAGCCCGCUGCAGCAGCUCCGUGUCGAGCCGCAGCCUCACCCUCCGCCCCCCCUGCUCCCUCCGCCCCCCCAGCCCCCUCGGCCUCCCAUCACCCGAUGGAAAAUCACGCAGCUGAAGCUCUGUCACCUCCCAGCGCCGCCUCCCAGAGCAUCAGAAGAUCCUCUGAAGCGGGGAGUCUGGUGGAGGAUAUUGGCGAAAUGAUUCUUCAGCUUCGGAGACAAGUGGAGAGCCUCUUCAGCAUUAAGUACGCCGAAGCUCUGUGUCUCCCCGAACCAGCCAAGGUGCCGUACUCCAAGUUCCAGAUGUACCCAGAAGAUCUGUACGUCACCGGGCUGCCGGAGGGAAUCUCCCUCCGGAGGCCCAACUGUUUCGGAGCAGCCAAACUACGGAAGAUCUUGGCCGCCAGCAGUCAGAUCCAGUUUGUUAUUAAAAGGCCUGACCUCUUAACGGAGCAAGUGAAACAAGAGAUGCCUUCCAUCCCCGUCUGUGAUUCAGAGCUUGACGCCAAGGAUGCCACGCCGGUAGCGGAGGACGCCGCGGCUCUAUCCAAGAGACCCGGAUUCUCAGAGUGUUUGGAGUCCAAGCUGUCCAGGAUCGACUUGGCCAACACGCUGCGGGAGCAGGUCCAAGAUCUGUUCAACAGGAAGUAUGGGGAGGCAUUGGGCAUCAAGUACCCCGUCCAAGUGCCUUACAAGAGGAUCAAGAACAACCCGGACUCGGUCAUCAUAGAGGGGCUCCCGCCCGGCAUCCCCUUCAGGAAGCCCUGCACCUUCGGCUCGCAGAACCUGGAGAGGAUCCUGGCGGUCGCCGACAAAAUCAACUUCACCAUCACCAGACCAUUUCAAGGACUUAUUCCAAAACCAGCACCUCGGCGAGUCACUUUACUAAAGAAAGCCUACUCUUCAAUAAGUGACGACGACGACAUCAACCGCAUGGGCGAGAAGGUGGUCCUUCGAGAGCAAGUCAAGGAACUGUUCAACAAGAAAUACGGCGAGGCUCUGGGCUUAGACCGCUCCGUCGUGGUCCCGUACAAACUAAUCCGAGGCAGUCCAGAGUCGGUGGAAGUGAGCGGCCUCCCAGACGACAUCCCCUUCCGCAACCCCAACACCUACGACAUCGUGUGCCUGGAGAAAAUCCUUCAAGCUGCAGAUAAAGUAACAUUCAACAUCAAGAGCCAGCUACAGCCUUUUGCAGAAAUCUGUAGCCAGGCUUGUAACACAGUAGGAACAGACGCCUCCACCAAUCGACGGAAGCGCAAGAGAGUCCAGGAGAGCAACCGAGUAGCCGGCUCCUCUGACAUGGGGAUAUCAGCCAAUCAGAUCCCAGUGAUGCAGUGGCCCAUGUACAUGGUGGACUACAGCGGGGUGAAUGUGCAGGUUCCCGGGAAAGUCAAUUACUGAAGGACGAGCCGGGACGAAGGAAGGGAGGAGUUCCUCUCCCGUAUCCACGCCCCUCACACGUGCGACACUAACAUUUAAUCAGAGUGCUAAACGAUCUCUCCGGACUGAGCAUUGAGAGCUGCAGGCACGACUCUGUGAAUGAAAGGAAAACCAGAAUGUAUGUGGAUCAAAAAACACUCCAGGGCAAAAAACGCUUUGUUGUCCGUCUCCUGCCUCCACACAGUGCCGACAGGACGAGGUAGUUUUCCUUCUAAAGCUGAUCACGACGGUAAUAUUGUAGUUUUUUUUUUUGUUUGUUUUUUUUUUAAACAAAGCAGGAAACAUUACUCAUGUCAUGUGAUUUGCCCUUAAAGUGAGUCAUGUUGUUGGAUCCAAUGUAUUACUGACAAAAAAAAAAAUGUCUUUGAUAAUGAUCUGGUUCCAUAUUAUUCAGAUAUUUGUACUUUUUAUUUAUUAUAUUUAUUGAAAUAUAACAUUAUGUGCAGGGAUGUAAAAUAUAUUAUUCUGUUAUACAGCUCUCUGAGGAACUAUCACAACACUAACAGAUGCUACUAGUCACUUAGUAUCUCCAGGUAACGGCAGCGGUGAAGUGUCUUAACGCGAGACAUCUGCGAACGAAAGGAGACUUAAACGGAACCGGGAUCUGGGCAGGAAGCACCGGCCUUCUCACGUUAGCGCCACAUUAACAGUAUGUAAAAUAUACGUCAUUUAAAGUCAGCCUGAAUGUAUCACGUAAAGAAAAGGAUGGUAUGUUAUUCUGCGACGACUGUCUCUGGACUAAUAUUUAAUAUGCUGUACCUUAACGCCAAUUAGGCCUUUGAAAUAAAAUGUGUUGCCUUGCAUUUUCAUUUCGUUUGUUGGUUUGUUUUUGGUGUGAGUCCAGCGUCGGCGUCUGGGACCUGGUAAGAAUCACUAAGAGCUACUUAUAAGAUGAGGUGACAAAUAUUUAUUGGGCUUUGAACAAAAGUGAAGAACACGUAGCUCGUGAUACAAAAAAUGCUAAUUUAAUUAUCCAUUAUUUAGUUCUUUUGCACAACAGAAACUGAUUCUCUAAUGAAAUCAUGCUAUUUUUUUCAUGAAAUAUGACAAUGAAGAAUUUAAAUUGUUGUAAAAUACAUUCAUGUCGUACAGAAACGUGUCUGAAGUCGCUGUAGUAAUUGUUACGCAGCAUCGGCUUCAUGAACGACAGACGUUUUUCAGCCUGGUCGUUCGUAACCGUCCUGCUCAAGUAACUUGAAGCCAAUCACGAGUUGAAGUCUCCUGUAAACAUUUCAUCCUUGAAUAAAUGUUUUGAAGAGAUGUUUGUUCAGCAGUCAGAGAGAGUCAACGCACAUGGACGUAUUUAAGUCGUUAACGUGUCUGUUAACGAGGUUCUAGGUCGUGUAUCCAGAAACAAGCUGAAACGAAGGUAACUGGACUUUUUGGAUUUCUGGGUUAAGGUUAGCUUCUUUAGUUCUAAACAACUACUGGCCAGUUUUAAGUUUGUGGCUCGUCCAGGGUCUGUUAUGACUCACCAAGUACGGAAAAGACACAAAUUCCUCCAAUUCCAAGUAUCUGGUCAAUGUGUAGAGUGAGUUUGGGGUGGGUCCUAACGUAGACUCCCCACCAGUCUUUAAGAAUUGAAGAAGCUACUUGGAUGAAACAUCUUCCGGAAAGACACGUCCAAUCAAACUCAACAGCUACCCUCCAGGAAGACGAGCGUCACCUCAAUCAGUGCUUGUGCUUAAUCACCUUAACCAGCUUCACCUGUGAAGACGUGAAUAAAGGGCGGCGUUGGAGAGGUUCAAGACGACCACUCGAGCUGCAGAAGCUCAACACGUCUCAGCUGUUGUCUUUUUGGUUUCUGUUUAAUGCCAUAAACCCUUAUUUAUGUGUGUUUUCUCAGAAGUCUGUAGAGUGAAGCUGAUGUUGCCACAUGAGGAACAUUUGCCUGUUUUUAGAACUUGCCUGGUGUAGAAAGCCUCCGGGUGUUGGCGUGACCAUCACCACUUUAUAUAUAUUUUUUUGUGUGUGUGUCUGUGUGCGGUAACCCUGGGGUGGCCCCUGUUGCGCCCGGGAAAGCCGACGAAGACUAGUUGAGGUCUAGUUAGUUAGAAUUUCAGCACCUUGAGUAGAUGGAGAGGAAACUGGGCAAGCUCUAGAACGGUUUGAGAACUUUUGUGAUGGCAUCUGUUGGCUUUUGUUUUUGCGGUGUCCUUUUAUAAGAUAUUUUGAGCCUACAGGAGGUCUUAUGGGUGACCUAGUGACUUGGUGAUCAUUGGUUUACUUGCACCAAAUGCUCAGUGUUUUUUUUUGCUUCUCGCACAUCUUAGAAGAUCCAGCCUCACCUGAGAAAAUGUAACGGCCGAUGUUAGAGACCUAAGACGUUUCAGCUGUAGAAGCUCAUCACGUCUCACCCGUGGCCUUUUUUUAAUUGAUGAAAUAAACCCUUUUUUUUGUUUUCUGGAGGGAGGCUGAGGAACACUGAUCCAACCACAUCUACACCAUCCAAGAGAUGGCGGUACUCAACUCGGAGCUAGUCUUCAGUGGCUCCCUGUAAAACCUAGGAUAUAAUUGAAUCUCCUCCUCGCAUACAAGAACCUUAAAGCCCUGUCGCCUGUCGUAUCUCAAAGACCUCACGGCUCCUCGUCAUCCCAGUGGACGACGGGAGAUUGAAUCGCGAGCUCUCUACUCUAAGCGUCGACGCUUCAGACUAUCCUUUUUGAUAAAGCUUACAGUUAGGGCCGACUUGAGACUCUAAACUGUCCCUUGGUUGCGCUCUUAUGGGCCACCGAGCACGUAUCCUCUAAUUCCUUCUUGCCAUUCAUGCGUACCUAUCCUACUACUGACUCCCCUUGGGGAUUAUAGGGAAAUGACACAUUCUUCAGUUAUCACCUCACUUUACAUGACGAGGAGCUCCGGCUGCCGUUCAGAUCCCCAGUGGCGUCCAGGAACCAUUUCCUGCGUCUCCCCAACCAACACCAGACGUUCUUUUCGAGUCAUUUUUCUGCUUCCUUGUUUGAAUGUCUGAAAGCCGACGGCUACAGUGAACGCAGCUUGAUGGUCCCGAUGUGGAUAAUGAAUCAGAACUCGGGACAAACUGGACAUAUUGUUGGUUCACUAAAAUGAACCACAGAUGUAGCACCUGAGUUUUUUCUUUUUUUUUUGUUAAGUAGCAAACGGUCACAGCGAUCGGAUGAUUGAGGCUGGAAGGUUUUUUUGUGACCGCCUUAAAAGCUUCAGCUAUAUAUUCUAGGAGACAUUAAACUUUAAGAGACCUGUCGGGGGCAUUUUAGCUUAUUGUUCCCGUUUUAACGACGGCACUUUUUGCAGAUUUUCCGUCCAUUUGUCACCUCUGGACGCGACCAGAGUCGUCUGCAGCUCGGAGGAAAAAGCCGUUAAGCUCUGAAUUCACACCUCUAAGUGCAAACAAUACCACAUCUCUUUAAGGGUCAUCAUUUCCUGGGCCUCAGCGUCGCAUCGAGGCAAAUCAGCACCUUUUUAAAAGAAUCGGAGCCAGGAAUCCUUGUUGCAUUAUUUCUUUAUUGCAGAUACAUUUUUUUUCUUCCCCCCCCCUCCCCAUUUUUUUAUUUUUUUUUUUGUAUACACGUCAAGACUCCGUUGAGCGACUUGUGACUGCGUUAAAGGAGCGUUAAUGAGGCUCGCUGCGGCCGCACGCGUCUCGCCUAAUCAAGAUGAGUUCAAUGACCUUGAUUGUCACAUUGUAGAUUUUUUUUUUUUUUUUUUUUUGUUUCUCUUUAACUUUUU